AUGGACUUUUUCCCGAAAGACACUCUUUGUUCUAGAAUUAAGGAACGGUGGGCACAGAGGAAGACAAGAUUUGUCAAGCUUAAGCAACUUAGACAGGAUUUUAGUGGGUUCUGUUUUAGUACAGUCAAUUGUGGACGUACAAUGCCAGUUUUGGGGAUUUCAGCAUUGGAUUAUAUCUAUAACCUCAAAGGUCUUGAGUAUCCUUCUGAGGAAUACACCAAAACUAGAGCGAAAAUUCAUACAAGAGUAGCCAACCGCAUUCUUUGGUUGUGCAAAUAAAAAUGGUGGCAUUUAUCUUAAAACAGGCCAGUACUUGGGUUCUUUAGAGACUCUUUUGCCUAAAGAAUAUACUGACACUCUCAAGGUCUUACAAGAUAAAGCUCCAAAUGUUGCUCUUGAGAAGAUUAAAGUGGUAAUUGAGACAGACUUUGGGAAGACUCUUGAAGAAAUUUUUUCCAGUUUUGAUCCCACUCCAAUAGCUGCUGCAUCUCUUGCACAGGUUCAUAAAGCAGUUCUCAGGAAGAACGGGGAAGAAGUUGCAGUCAAAAUCCAGUUCCCUACUCUAAGAGUUCAAACUUAUUACGACAUGAUUGUUAUGUCCUUCUGACUGAAGGUCGUCGCUAGGCUUACCAAAUGGUACAGAUUCAGAGGUCUCAACUGGGUGGAAUUCUUUGACAAUUUUAAGGAAUCUCUCAGCAACGAACUCGAUUUCAUUCAGGAAGCAAAUAAUGCAAUGAAGACAAGAGAGGAAUUUGAGGAUGAUGAUAGGCUUUAUAUACCUAAUUACUAUCUUCAAUUCUCUGGGAAAAGAAUGCUUGUGAUGGAGUUUAUCAAGAAUACAUUAAAAGUAAGCGAAGCAGAAGAGAUAAAGAAAAAGUAUGGAGAUAAACAAGCUGUUGAGCUUUCUAAGACUCUUAUUGAUAUCUUUUCGAAAAUGAUAUUUAUUACUGGCCACAUACAUGCUGAUGCUCAUCCAGGUAACAUUCUGAUCAGAGAGCACCCAAAGAACCCAAAGAUUCCUCAAGUUGUUUUGAUAGAUCAUGGGCUAUACUGUAACCUCACGAAGGAAUUCAUUGAUCAAUUCAGAAGGCUCUGGUUCUCAAUGGUGACAUUCGAUAAUGUAAAGAUGAAAGAAAUUGCUCAUGAGAUGGGACUUGGAGAGCAUUACAGAUUCUUACCUCUUCUAUUCACUUACAGAACAAUUAACUCAACCAAGCCUCUUGGAGGAAAGCUGACAGAUCAAGAGAGAAGAUUUUUGAAGGUCAACGAUGAGAUGAAUUUUGAGAAAAUAGGAAUGCUGACAGAAAAGUUGCCUUCAAACAUCUGCUUUAUUUUUAAGACUGCUCAGUACACUCUAAUCCAUAACAAAAGACUUGGAGGAUCUAUCAGAUAUCAACUGAUCUCCUUCUCAGACUAUUGCAUACAAGGCUUGACCUUAAAGGAUUCCAUAUUGAGCUAUUACAGUACAAAAUGCUUGUUCUACUUGAAGAUGAUCCUCUUCGAGUACUUCUUCGGGAUCUACAAAUUCUUCUUCGGAUUCUAUGUGCCUAAAUUUGAUGAAAACAACGAGAUAGUGAUUGAAUAAUUUUG